GUUAUCUAGUGGAUUAUUGGGUAAUCGGGAGCUCAAUUAGACAAAACGGUAGCCGUGGAAGAAUCAGUUUGGUUGGCGAAGAUGUCUCGACUGGUGGUUUGCUUGCUUCUCCUGGCUUCAGUCGUCUAUGGCGACCGCCAUGAUAAAUAUGAAGGCCACCAACUUUACCGAGUUGCUGGUUCGUCCGAAGAGAUUACAAACCUAGACAACAAUCUGGACAUUCUAUCGGCCAACCCAGCUUCUAGGUCCACUUCUGGAAAGUUCGAAGCCCUGGUCAGACUGUCGCCGGAGGAGAAAGCUGAAUGGAUACCGUACUUUGAACGCAAUGGAAUGACGUACACCAAGGUCGUCGACAAUCUUGCUACUAUUCUUCGUGAUGAAGAAAACAAGAUUGAACAGGCAAGACGGCGACGAGACAGCGAUGUUCCCAUCUGGGAAGACUUCCGCAGACAUGAAGAGAUUAACGAACACUUAGACGCCCUAGCCGCUGAGUACCCCGACACAGUGACGGUCAUCAACGCAGCGCUCAGCUACGAAGGUCGUCAGAUCAAACUAGUGAGGAUCUCCACCUCGCGCUUCGAAGACCUUCGCAAACCCGUCAUUGUCAUCGACGCGGCCGUGCACGCCAGGGAAUGGAUCACCCCUCCCGUCGCUCUGUACAUCAUUAACCAACUCGUCGUUGAUAUCGUGGACAGCGACCUGACUGAGAGACUCGACUGGAUCAUCAUUCCCCUAGUUAACCCUGACGGUUACGAGUACUCCAUCGAUGAGGAUCGCAUGUGGCGUAAGACCCGCUCCUUGAAUCACCCUGGCUCCUUCGAGUGUCCUGGAGUAGACGGGAACCGCAAUUUCGACCACGAGUGGGGGACCAAUGAGAACGCUGGCAACCCCUGCACGAUCGUCUACGAAGGACCUACUCCGUUCUCUGAGUCCGAGACCAGAGUUAUCAGAGAUGCCGUUCAGCAACAGAUUAAUCGAGCUGCCAUGUACAUUUCCCUGCACAGCUUUGGAAGCAUGUUCCUCUACGCUUGGGGUAACAAUGGUUCUCUCCCUAUCAACGGGUUGAGCCUCCACUUGGCCGGAGUCCGUAUGGCGCAGGCCAUCGACAACGUCGCUCUGGAAGGCGCAGAUACUUACAUAGUUGGCAACGCUGCCCAGGUCCUUUACUUCACAACGGGUACCUCUCGCGACUGGACCCGUGCCGUAGGCGUUCCUCUAACCUACACUCUGGAGCUCCCAGGCUAUGAAUACGGGUUCCUAGUCCCGUCCGACUAUUUACCGCAGAUCGUCACCGAAACCUGGAGUGGUAUCCGCGAAGGAGCCAAAUAUGUCAUCGACGUAUAUGGUGUUUAGGCGUCGUUUAAUUGCUAAAGCAAACUUUUUUAUUAAAUCUCCUUUUGGAAUAAAAUCUUUUUGAAAACAAUAA